AUCCGGAAAACCACAACAAAGAUGGCGGACCAACCUUUCCGUCAAAGACUUGAGCUCCAGGUCACAUCCAAUCGGCUUGCGUUCUGCUCUUCUUGAAACAUGUCGCCCAUGAAGCUGUGUGUUCCAGGUGAUAGGCUAUGCAGCACAGAAGACUGUAUGCCCGGUACUGGGGUGUACCUACGACACGGCUACAUCUACUCCUCGCUAGCAGGCUACGUACUCAGGAAGAACGAAGGAGAGGAGCUACCAGUCAUCUCGGUGGUGAGAGAAACCGAGGCUCAGCUACUACCAGAUGUAGGAGCCAUAGUGACCUGUAAGGUGACCAGUAUCAACCCCAGGUUUGCCAAGGUCCACAUCCUCUACGUUGGUUCCACACCACUGAAGGACCGUUUUAGAGGAACCAUCAGGAAAGAAGAUGUACGAGCAACAGAAAAAGACAGGGUGGAGACAUAUAAAAGCUUCCGUCCUGGAGACAUCGUCCUGGCUAAAGUCAUCUCCCUGGGAGACGUCCAGUCCAACUACCUGUUGACCACAGCAGAGAAUGAGCUGGGGGUGGUGGUAGCACACAGUGAAGCAGGAGCCCAGAUGGUGCCUAUCAGCUGGUGUGAGAUGCAGUGCCCACGGACACACGCCAAAGAGUUCCGCAAGGUGGCCAGGGUGCAACCUGAGUACCUGCAGGCCUGAGCAGGGACCAGUGUGCACCCCUCACCUCUCCAGCCCCCAGCAGGGACCCCUUUCCCUUCCUCAAGGAACACACAGCUUCCCUUCCUCAAGGAACACACAGCUUCCCUAUCUCUGAUAGAGAGACAAACACACUCACACUUGGAUUGUGAACGAUGCAUUGUGUGUACAAAGGACCAAAAUAUUUUAGAGGUCAUGUACAGAUGCUUGGACAUGAUGCUUAUAUAGUACACGGGUCAUUGACCUGACACACACACACACACAGAGCCUUAUUUUCAGGAGGGAUACCACACACACACACACACACACACACACAGAGCCUUGUGUUCAGGGGGGAUACCUCGACACACACACAGAGCAUUGUGUUCAGGGGGGAUACCACAACAGUAGAUUCCUCCCUCAACAACCUACAGCAAGGCAGCAUUUUUUUCCUCCAGGUUCUGGAGGGCUACAGUAGGGGUGCAGGAUUUUGUUCCAACCCAGCACUAGGACACCUGAUUCGACUGAUCACUGGGGCCUUGAUUGGCUGACUCAGUCUCGUUAGUGCUGGGCUGGAAUAAAAGCCUGCACCUCUACUGUAGCCUUGUAGAACCAGGUGAGAGAAAAAUGCUGCCUUGCUGUAGGUUGUAGAAGGAGGCAUCUACUGGGCUACAAUACUAGCCCUUUAGAAGCAGGAAUAAAUAACAUCCGGGGUCACCUUCUGAUCCGGGGUCAACCUUCUGAUCCCAUACCCUUCUACCUGAACUGUGCUCUCAUGUAUCCCCCAUGGAUUUACUAGCAUCUCUCUUCCACCAGUCCUUUCCUUUUAAAUCCAUGAGGGGUAGUGAAUGAGUGCACACUUUGGGGGGGUUAUAGAAUCAGACCACAGCCCUGGGGUGACAGUCACCAGUACAGACGGGCCCAAUUCCAAAUGGACUCUUAAACCCUACACGCUAGUGAGUAGGGCUUGAUUUGGGAUUGGGCCUUAGACGGCUAACAGUUGGGAUGUUGAAGCGAAGAGCUGGAAUUGAAAGUGUCGUUUUGUGGCGGCACCGUUAGACUCAUACGACCACGUGGACCUUUCUGCACCAAGUCAGAGAAACGGAGAUGUCUAGUUGGUUCUCUCCAAGAGUUGUUUCUUCUGUCGUUUCAAAACAAUACUUAAUGUGUCUUCGUCUCUCUCAUUUCUUCCUGUACUUGUCAGCAGAGGCAGAGUCAAAUAAAGUGAAUACCAAAGUGUAUCAUGUAUGAACCUCUCA